GUUAGAAGUUCCAUUCAUAUUCCCUCUCCUUUUUAUAGCGAGUGCCCUUCUCUUCUUCUUCCGGUGCCUUCCCGCCGGAGCUGAGUUGUUCGGUAACUCGCCGGAUUCCGCGCCCCUGACUCUGCCUAGCUCGCUCUCCCGGCGCCAUCUCUGAAGGGUUUCCCCCCAGCGGCAAGAAAAUGGCCGAGGGAGAUGAGGAGAUGCCCAGAGAUGCAAAGAUCGUGAAGUCGCUGCUGAAAUCAAUGGGAGUUGAGGACUACGAGCCCCGUGUUAUCCACCAGUUUCUGGAGCUCUGGUAUCGUUAUGUCGUCGAUGUGUUGACAGAUGCUCAGGUUUACUCGGAGCAUGCUGGGAAAGCUGCGAUCGACACGGAUGAUGUCAAGCUUGCUAUUCAGUCCAAAGUCAACUUCAGCUUCUCACAACCCCCACCAAGAGAGGUUUUGCUGGAGUUGGCAAGGAACAGAAACAAGAUCCCAUUGCCUAAGACUGCCCCAGGUCCCGGUGUUCCUCUCCCACCUGAGCAGGACACACUGAUCAGCCCCAACUAUCAAUUGGCUUUCCCCAAGAAACAGCUUCCACAAGUAGAAGAGACGGACGAAGAUGAAGAAAUGCCUGAUCAGAAUCCUUCUUCACAGGAACCAAGUACUGAUGUGCCUCAACAGCAGCAAACCCCUCAAAGAGUCUCAUUCCCUCUUACCAAACGACCCAAGUGAUAGAUAGCUGAUAGGGUAGGACAGGAAAGUUUUUUUUCAUGAGUACUCCUUUCUGUGCCUGCACUCAGUUGUAACUUGUAAGAUACAGAUUAGAAGCCUGGGGCUUAUCCGUACUGAAUUAAGCGUUUAGUAGCAAAAAAUGGGUGCGUCUUCCCAGUUCUAUGUUUAGA